GAUCCACUCCAACUAUCCUUCUAGUAGAAACUAGCUCUAUAGAAGUUGACCCACUCGAGGAAAGUUUGUCUAAUAACCUUGAUAAAGAAAAAAGUCUUGUAGUUAUUACUUCAACCUCAACUUUUGAAACUACUGCGCCUAAACUAACUGUUAGUAUUGACGAGUCCUUUGACGCAUCAGAAAAUAUCUUAAAUACUUUAACUAUCAGCUUUGAUGCUUCCUCGACUUAA